AUGGCACCUCACUCCGCCCACGUCCGUAAGCGACAAUACCAGCCUUCCAACCAAUCCCGCCUCGAUUCCUUCUUCGACCGCGAUGGAAGCGACUCGCCGUCCCACAGAUCGAGAUCGCCUAUGUCGCCGCCUGUCCCAGCCGAUACGCAGGCUGCCUUGCUAACCGUCGGCAUGCGAAUUCGCAAGUCUGUUCCGGAAGGCUACAAGACACACAAGACAAUCGGCAUGGACGGAUUCCCCUUCCCAAGCUCUGCUCCACCUGCUUCUUCAGCACCAGCCCGACCAACGAUCAGCCCCACGCAGACUCGAGAACUCAUGCCGUUCUGCGGCCUUCAUAAGACUGGAGGCUGGGCUGCGCAAGGAGCUCCUUCCUCUUCGGCUCCGCCGGGCCUCGAGCGGGAUGAAGAUGGAGACGAUGAUAUGCCGGAGCUUUCGACGUCGCAGAACUCGAUUGUCUCUUCGCAGAAUAGCUCAGGAACGACUCUGCCACCAUACAAAGCUCCCAAAAAGCGCACAUACGAGGAAGAGAUGGACGACUUUGACGACGCGAUUCUGGACGAGAUGGAGGCUGCCGAUGGACACAUGUCCCAGCCGGCCCGGCCUAUGGCUCGUAUGAAGUCUUCAACGCAGAAGACUGUUCAGAGCCAUGGCGUGAGGAUAUUCGGGAGCGAUGAUUUCGAAGAGGCCACCUUCUUGGUCCCGGAGGAGGACAUGGAUAUGGAGCAGUAG